GGUGGCGGUCGCCGCCCGCUGCCCCCUUCCCCGGGCUCCGGCGGGUGCGGGCGCGGCCGGGAGGCGGUGCGGGUGGCAGUGGGGUCCCGGGGGCGGCCGAGUCGAGCCGCGAGGCUCGCGUCCGCGGAGGGGCCGACGACGCGCCGCGCGAGGAGGGAGGAAGCAGGAUGCCUCUAGCAUGACAGGCGCAGAGCUUCUGCCAGCUUUGUAGCCAUGAAGGAGAUGGACCGGGAGGCCGUUGCGACAGCGGUCCAGAGGGUUGCUGGGAUGCUUCAGCGCCCGGACCAGCUGGAGAAAGUGGAGCAGUAUCGCCGAAGAGAGGCCCGGAAGAAGGCCUCUGUGGAGGCCAGACUGAAGGCCGCGAUCCAGUCGCAGCUGGACGGGGUGCGCACGGGCCUCAGCCAGCUCCACACCGCGCUGAGCGACGUCCAGGACAUCCAGCGGUCCCUGGCCGACGUCAGCAAGGACUGGAGGCGGAGCAUCAACACCAUCGAGAGCCUCCGGGAUGUGAAGGACGCCGUCGUGCGGCACAGCCAGCUCGCCGCCGCCGUGGAGAACCUCAAGAACAUCUUCUCAGUGCCUGAGAUUGUGAGGGAGACCCAGGACCUCAUAGAGCAAGGGGCGCUGCUGCAGGCCCACCGGAAGCUGAUGGACCUGGAGUGUUCGCGGGACGGGCUGAUGUACGAGCAGUACCGCACGGACAGCGGGAACGCGCGUGACAUGACCCUCAUCCACAGCUGCUUCGGGAGCACGCAGGGGCUGUCCGACGAGCUGGCCAAGCAGCUGUGGGUGGUGCUGCAGAGGUCCCUGGUCACCGUGCGCCGUGACCCCACCUUGCUGGUCUCAGUUGUCAGGAUCAUCGAGAGGGAAGAAAAAAUUGACAGGCGCAUACUUGACCGAAAAAAGCAAACUGGCUUUAUUCCUCCUGGAAGGCCCAAGAACUGGAAGGAGAAGAUGUUUGCCAUCCUGGAGAGAACCGUGACCACCAGGAUUGAGGGCACACAGGCGGACACCAGGGAGUCUGACAGGAUGUGGCUCGUCCGCCACCUGGAGAUCAUAAGGAAGUGCGUCCUGGACGACCUCAUCGUUGCCAGGAACCUGAUGGUGCAGUGUUUUCCUCCUCGUUACCAGAUCUUCAGGAGCCUCCUGAGCGUGUACCACCAGGCUCUGAGCGCACGGAUGCAGGAGCUCGCAUCAGAGGACCUGGACGCGAACGAGAUCGUGAGCCUGCUGACGUGGGUCUUAAACACUUACACCAGUGCAGAGAUGAUGGGGAACGCGGAGCUGGCCCCAGAGGUGGACGUCGGGGUCCUGGAGCCUCUGCUUUCUCCAAACGUGGUCUCCGAGCUGCUCGACACCUACAUGUCAACUCUGACGUCGAACAUCAUUGCCUGGCUGCGGAAAGCCCUAGAAACAGACAAGAAGGACUGGGUGAGAGAGACUGAACCUGAGGCCGACCAGGACGGCUACUACCAGACGACACUGCCCGCCAUCGUCUUCCAGAUGUUCGAACAGAACCUUCAGGUCGCUGCUCAGAUAAGUGAAGAUUUGAAAACAAAGGUACUCGUUUUGUGUCUUCAGCAAAUGAAUUCUUUUUUAAGUAGGUACAAAGAGGAGGUGCAGCUGUACAGGGAGGAGCAUCUGCGGAAGCGGCAACACCCGCACUGCUACGUGCAGUACAUGAUCGCGCUCAUCAACAACUGCCAGACCCUCAAAGAAUCCAUAGUCAGUUUAAAAAGAAAGUAUUUGCAACAUGACACGGAAGAAGGCGUGUCUCUGAGCCAGCCGAGCAUGGAUGGGCUUCUGGACGCCAUCGCUGAGGAGGGCUGCAGCAGCCUGCUUGAGGAAGUCUUCCUGGACCUGGAGCAACAUCUCAGUGAGCUGAUGACAAAGAAGUGGCUGUUAGGGUCGAACGCUGUAGACAUCAUCUGUGUCACCGUGGAAGACUAUUUCAAUGAUUUUGCCAAAAUUAAAAAGCCAUAUAGAAAGCGGAUGAUCGCCGAGGCGCACCGGCGCGUGGUGCAGGAGUACCUGCGGGCCGUCCUGCAGAAGCGCAUCUCGUUCCGGAGCGCCGAGGAGCGCAAGGAGGGCGCCGAGCGGAUGGGGCGCGAGGCCGAGCAGCUGCGCUUUCUCUUCCGCAAGCUGGCGUCCGGGUUCGGUGAGGAGAUGGACGGGCACUGUGACACCAUCGUCGCCGUUGCCGAAGUCAUUAAGCUCACGGACCCUUCUCUGCUCUACCUGGAGAUCUCGACUCUGGUCAGCAAAUACCCAGACAUCAGGGACGACCACAUCGGCGCGCUGCUGGCCGUGCGGGGGGAUGCCAGCCGGGACAUGAAGCAAACCAUCAUCGAGACGCUGGAGCAGGGCCAGGCCCAGGCGAGGCCAGACUACGUGCCCAUCUUCAGGGGUAUCGCCGUUCCCAGCCUGAACGUGGCCAAGCUCCUCAAGUAGCCGGCGGGGCGCCCCCCCCCCCGGGCGUCAGCUGCGUGUCUGGGGGCGGCCUUGUCUCUGGAGAAGCUCCCCCUCACCUCCGCGCUGUGUACACACUUCUGAAACUGCUGCUCAGUAAAGAGUCUGGACGUCUGCUGGGAAAUGCGGGCUUCCCGCCGUGAGGGUCUCUUCCUGGUGAUGAGCCAGCCCGCUGGGGUGUGGUGGGCGCACUGCUCCCCCCCUCCUCCCUCCCAUGGGGGCACACCUGCCACCGGCUGGGUGUGGCGGGUGAAUCCCCGCUGCCUGCAAAUCCAUCUCACUUCUCCACCAAGUGAAUUGCAGAGUCGCACCCUGAGUAAGCGGUGAGCCCCGUGUGGUCCCUACCCCCGCCGCCGCCCCCCCCGCUGGACAGGUUUCUCGCAGCCGAGCUCCGAGGGGGCCACAGGGCUGGCUCCAGCGUUCGCCCCGUUCCUCCUCCCGUGCAGGACGUGGCGUGUGCGGUGCUGGGCUGCUCUGAGGGUUCCAGUUCCUUCCUCACAGGCUUUCAGGACGGAAGAGUGGAUGCUGUGCUCUGAUUUCCUCCUCACGAGGGGUGAAAAGUUCACAGGUGGGACUUUUUUCUUGGAAGAAUCAAAACCUAAAUGGAGACAUUAGGCUGUUCUUACAAGCGUUGCUCAGAAGAGACGUGACCUUCCUCCAGGUUUCUUGCCAGUGUGCUGUCUUACCAUACACGUUAAUCCAGUUCCCUGCAUGACGAGACUUAGUGUCUAGUAGGUAGCGGUGCUCAGUACACGGGUUUUGAAUUAAUAAAGUCGAGUGUUAACAGUC